CUCUUUCGCACUGGCGACGAGGGUGGGAUGUGCCCGCUUCCACUAGCUCAGUGCUGAAGCAGUAUCAUAGACAGUCGGCGGUCGACAGCCACGGAAAGGAAAGCGGCGGCAGCCCUGGCCCGGAACGGUUGAAAUCGUCGGUACCACAGCAACGAGUCAACGCAGUCAUCGGGAGAGCGAACCGAUAAGUAUACCGUCACUUCACUGGAAAUGGCACGACUGGGGAAGCUAGACGAGUACGACGAGAAGGAGCAGAAUUUUGAAUCCUAUUUAGAACGCUUUGAGCAUUUCGUCACUGCAAACGAUAUCAAAGAGGAAAAGAAGCUGGCCGUAUUUCUGAGCGUGAUAGGACCACGAACGUACGAGGUGCUCAAAAGUUUGGUAGUACCCGCCGUUCCUGGGGACAAAUCCUUCGAAGAGGUGACAGUGCUGUUGACGAAGCACUAUAGCCCAAGCUGUUCUGUGAUCGCCGAGCUCUGCAAAUUUAACAAGCGAGCACAAGAGGAACAAGAAAGCGUCGAGGAUUUCAUAGUGGCCUUAAAGCAUUUAGCAAGGAAGUGCGAUUUCGGUCUGUUCCUGCAAGACGCACUGCGAGACAGAUUAGUGGCAGGCAUAAGACGCGAAGAAACGCAACUCGCCUUGUUUGCUGAAGACAGUUUAACCUUUGAAAAGGCGUGCAAGAUAGCCUUGGACCGGGAGCAGGCUGCGCGACAAACAGCGUUACUGCAUGCAGAAGGCAAGGAAGCGACGCUGCAUGCCAUGGCGAUAAGAGUUCAGGGAACUGAAAAGAAAUUGAAGCUUCGGAAAUUCAAGGACGUCAAGCGAAUCUGCGAAGGAUGUGGCAAGGCGCAUGCCGCUAGUGUUUGCUGGUAUAAGAAUGUCCAGUGUCACAGCUGUUCACAAAUCGGCCAUUUACAGAAGAUGUGUCCCAGCAAGUGCAGAGAACUAAAAACUGGGAACGUGGUGGACUGCUCUGAUAGUGACUCUGAAUUAGAUGUGUACCAUGUUAUUAACACCGUUCGUUCUGGAUACGAAGUGCAACCUCGGAAGACACAGCUCAUCCGUCUGCUCCGAUGUCUAGUGGGCCAGUCGCCGUGCCACCUCUCGGGGUUCCAGGCGCGAAAGAGUCUGCAAAUCAGCAGCUUCCGGUACCUGAAUCGCCCACGCCCGGAACAGCUGCCCCCGGCUCUUCGAACCAGCCAGACCCUGCACCUACAGCCGAGCUGCCAAUUCUUCGUCGUAGUGCCCGUGUGCGACAUCCCCCGAACAGAUACCAACCCAGUACAUUGCAGCCUCUGGGGUGCGAAACGAGCAGGCUUCCCUGAACCCACGCUGCUCAACGGUUAUGACGUACUGAAGGUGUGCCUAGUGCGUGCCUGA